CCUGGGUGGGACGGGACAUUGGCCAGGGUUGCCGUCCCCUCCCGGCAGAGCCGCUGCAGAGCCCUGCUGUCACUGUCACUGCAGAGCCCUGCUGUCACUGUCACCUGCGCACGGACACCGGGAGAGACGGGGACAGCUCGGAGCUGACCCGGGGACAGAGAGGGCGGACGGAAAGGAGCGUGGGGGCUCACAGAGCUUGGCACCUACUUGCACCUGCCUGGGCAAAGAAGAGAGUGCUGCUGCCACGAGGAGUCCCAGGGCCUCCCAGGCCAGAGGAGAGCGGGCGGGAUGGCCUCCAUCUUCCGGAGUGAGGAGAUGAGCCUGAGGCAGCUCUUCCUGCAGGUGGAGGCUGCCUACUGCUGCGUGGCUGAGCUGGGGGAGCUGGGGCUGGUCCAGUUCAGAGAUCUGAAUGUGAAUGUCAACAGCUUCCAGAGAAAGUUUGUGAAUGAAGUGAGAAGGUGCGAAUCCUUGGAGAGAAUCCUGCGUUUUCUGGAAAAUGAGAUGGAAGAUAAUGUUGAGAUAGUCAAAGGAGAAAAGUACCCAGAGACACCCCUGCCUCGGGAGAUGAUUGAUAUGGAGACAGUGCUGGAGAAACUUGAAGCUGAGCUGCUGGAAGCCAACCAGAACCAGCAAACAUUGAAGCAGAACUUCCUUGAGCUGACAGAGCUCAAACAUCUGCUGAAGAAAACCCAGGAUUUCUUCGAGGCGGAAACCAAUCUGCCUGAUGAUUUCUUUAGUGAAGACACAUCUGGACUGCUGGAGCUGAGAAGCACUCCUGCUGCUGCAGCUGCCAAGCUGGGAUUCACAGCAGGGGUAAUAAAGAGGGAAAGGAUGAUCCCUUUUGAGCGUUUACUGUGGCGAGCCUGCAGGGGAAACAUUUACCUGAGGUACACAGAAAUGGACACCCCCAUGGAGGACCCUGUGACAAGAGAAGAGAUGAAGAAGAAUGUGUUCAUUAUCUUCUAUCAAGGAGAACAGCUUAAACAAAAAAUCAAGAAGAUUUGUGAUGGAUUUCGUGCCACAGUCUACCCUUGUCCGGAGUCUGCCACUGAGCGCCGAGAAAUGCUUGAUGGAGUCAACACAAGAAUCGAGGAUUUAAACACAGUGAUAACACAAACCGAGUCCCACCGCCAACGACUGCUGCAUGAGGCAGCAGCCAACCUGUGGGCCUGGGGGAUCAAGGUGAAGAAAAUCAAGGCCAUCUACCACAUCCUGAACUGCUGCAACAUUGAUGUCACCCAGCAGUGUGUCAUUGCAGAGAUCUGGUUCCCAGUGGCUGAUGCUGACCGGAUAAAAAGAGCUCUCCAUCAAGGAAUGGAACGCAGUGGCUCCACGAUUGCCCCCAUCCUUACUGCCAUACACACCAAGAUGGCACCACCCACCUUCAACAGGACCAACAAGUUCACAGCUGGGUUUCAGAACAUCGUGGAUGCAUAUGGUGUGGGCAACUACAGGGAGAUGAACCCAGCUCCCUACACCAUCAUUACCUUCCCCUUCUUGUUUGCGGUGAUGUUUGGGGACUGUGGCCACGGCGCUGUCAUGCUGGGCUUUGCACUCUGGAUGGUCAUUAAUGAGAAGAGCCUUUUGGCCCAGAAAAGCACUAAUGAGAUCUGGAACACCUUUUUCAGCGGGCGCUACCUGAUCCUGCUCAUGGGCAUAUUCUCCAUGUACACUGGCUUCAUCUACAAUGACUGCUUCUCCAAAUCAUUCAACUUCUUUGGUUCUUCCUGGCACAUCAUCCCCAUGUUUAAAAAUAACACUUGGAAUAAGGAUGUGCUUCUAGAAAAUACAGUGCUGCAGUUGAAUCCAGCAACCCCAGGAGUCUACUCUGGAAAUCCAUAUCCAUUUGGAAUAGAUCCGAUCUGGAAUGUUGCAACAAACAAGCUGACUUUCCUGAACUCCUACAAAAUGAAGAUGUCGGUUGUCAUAGGGAUUGUGCACAUGGUUUUUGGGGUGGUACUCAGUCUCUUCAACCACAUCUACUUCAGGAAAUACAUAAAUAUUGUCCUUCAGUUCAUUCCAGAGAUGAUUUUUAUUAUCUCUCUUUUUGGCUACCUGGUCUUCAUGAUUAUUUUCAAAUGGUGUCAUUUUGAUGUCUAUUCAUCCCAGAGUGCACCAAGCAUCCUCAUCCACUUUAUCAACAUGUUUCUGUUCAACUAUGGUGACACUUCAAAUGCUCCAUUGUAUGUGCAUCAGAAAGAAGUGCAGAGUUUCUUGGUCAUAUUUGCUCUGAUUGCUGUUCCCUGGAUGCUCCUCAUUAAACCUUUCAUCCUCCGAGCCAACCACCAGAAAGCACAGCGCAUGCUCCAUUCUCAAGCCAUCUCAGGAAACUCAGGAGGUGAAAAUGAGGUAGAUGUCCCAGAGACCAAUCACUCCAAGAAAGCUUCCCAGGGAGACCACAGUGGUGGCCAUGGAGGACAUGAGGGUGAGGAUGAAGAGUUCAAUUUUGGAGACAUAUUUGUCCACCAGGCUAUCCACACCAUUGAAUACUGCCUUGGCUGCAUCUCCAACACAGCCUCCUACCUGCGACUCUGGGCGCUGAGCUUGGCCCAUGCACAGCUGUCAGAGGUCCUUUGGACCAUGGUGAUGCACAAUGGGCUCAGCAGCAGCGGCUGGGCAGGCCUCAUCGCCAUCUUCAUCAUCUUCGCGGCAUUCGCGGUGCUGACGGUGGCCAUCCUGCUGGUCAUGGAGGGGCUCUCGGCCUUCCUGCACGCCCUGCGUCUGCACUGGGUGGAAUUUCAGAACAAGUUCUACGUGGGAGCUGGGUACAAAUUUUCUCCAUUCUCCUUCAAUCACAUCAUCAAUGGCACUGCAGAAGAGUAAAACCAGUGCAUCACUGUUUCCCUCCUCAGACCUGCCUCUGUUUCCUUAUGGUGGCUUACCCACAGAGUAGGAUAGAUGGGAUGAAAGAGAAUGGGGCAUGGCCCUUGAAAGAAGAGCUGCAGAUGAAUAUGUCCUAGCUCCAUUCCAAUAUACUACUUUAUCAGCUAAGAGAUAACCUGUAUCAGCUGGUCUGGCUGGAGCCUUGGCUAAGACUCCAUUGAUGUCUGCAAGUUCCUGGUCCUCAGCAUUUGAUGGGGUCAGCUGCCUACUGCUUGGUUGAAAAAAGGAGAUGCAGCUUUGGUAUUAAAUUGGUUAUUAACAAUUGA